AUGCAACAUCACAAUUCUAGUAAAGUGACUGAAAUUCUACUCUUGGGAUUUCAAAAUUUCCAAAACUUUAAUAUUAUUUUCUUCCUUCUUAUAUUGAUCAUCUACAUUGUGACAGUAUGUGGAAACCUUCUCAUCAUGCUAGUGGUGUCCUACAGCAGAUCACUGCACUCUCCUAUGUACUUCUUCCUCACACAGCUCUCCUUGUCAGAUAUCCUCCUCACCACAACCAUUGUACCCAACAUGCUCCAAACAGUGUUGUAUGAAAAAAGUUAUGUGUCUUUUAUUGGCUGUUUGAGCCAAUUUUACUGUUUUUCAGCAUCUGAGGCAUUGGAAUGUCUUCUCCUGACUGUGAUGUCCUAUGACAGGUAUCAGGCCAUCUGUAACCCUCUACAUUACACCUCCAUCAUAGAUCUCACAUUUUGUUUAAAAAUCAUUCUUGUGUUCUGGUUAAUCAUUUUUAUUAUGGUGUUGAUGAUAAUUUUAACUUUGAGUCAUUUGGAUUUCUGUGGACCAAACAUCAUUCACCAUUUCUUCUGUGACCUUGAGCCUUUACUGGAACUUUCCUGUUCGGACACUUUUAUAAUGAAGAUGGAAAGUUUGGUUUUGGCUAUUAUAUUUGCAAUUUGCCCACUUACUGUAGUUAUAGUUUCCUAUAUGUACAUUAUCUUUAACAUACUAAAGAUUCCAUCUGUGACUGGGAGGCAGAAGACCUUCUCCACAUGUAGUGCCCAUCUGACUGUGGUGUCCAUAUUCUAUGGGUCCAUCAUUAUUAUCUAUGUGUUUCCACGUGACCAAAAUGCAAAGACAUUACUAUCACUAUUCUACACUGUUGUAACUCCACUUCUUAAUCCUAUGAUUUACAGUCUGACUAAUAGAGAUAUUCAGCAAGCUCUUAGGAAACUUUUGAAAAACUUUUCUCGCUUCAUCUUUUCUAAUUACAGAAUCUUAUACCUGUCGUACAAGAAAAAGGAAGCUCCAAGAACAAAGAAAAAACAAAUAAACAAUAAAGGACAAGGAAAGUAG